CAGAAGAGAGAAAAGAGAAAGACAGAAAGAGAGAGAGAGAGAGAGAGAGAGAAACGUGAUAGAAGAGAAAGAAAGAUGGUAAAUUGCAGCAUUUGAGUGAUUUUCUUCAUGUUGUUCAGUCAUACACAAUUUAGAUAUCAAUACUGUACAUCACUGAAACUGAAAUAUCUCUGUUGCAGAAUGGAGUGACAUUAACGUACGAUCCUGCAGCUUUACAGAAUGGGUUUUAUUCUUCUCCGUACAGUUUUGCCUCUAACAGAAUGAUCACCCAAACCUCCAUCACGCCUUUCAUCACUGCCUCACCCGUCUCCACAUAUCAGGUUCAGAGUACGUCGUGGAUGCCUCAUCAGCAGUAUGUUAUGCAACCGACUGGAACCGUGAUCACUCCAUCUUUGGAACACACGACGGUCUCCAUGCAGCCUGCACACCUGAUAUCUCCUCUAACACAGCAGAUGAACCACCUAACACUGGGCUCCACAGCCAGCUAUAUGACAGCUGCAGCUGCCUCUGUGGCUCCUAUGCAAGGAACAUACAUCCCCCCAUUCACUCCUGUACCUCCGUCUGCUCUGUCUGUAGAGGGCGUGGUGACGGACGCAUCAUCUCAGACAGUUGCCCCAUCACAGGAUAUCAACACACCUCAGCAACAAAUCACCGUGGAGACCAGUGACCACAUUCCAUCAUACUCCUACCAGUCUAACUUGUGGACCAGGUGAAUGUACCUGCAACAGAGUUGCCUUUUCUAGGCAUCAGUGCUGAGAAGGAUAGAGAUGGAGACUCAUUUCCAGGUCAUAAACUUCUUUUUAUUUCCUGCCUGGAUCAGACAGAGGAGGACUAAACUGGACAUGGAGGAGAAAAAAAGGAGAUUUUGUGUCGUCAUGUGACCUCAUCAUUGGGUUGAGCUGAAACUUCAAAAUGUUUGUCAAAAAAAAAAAGAAAUGAAGUAAAAUAGAUAAAUAUAUACGUAAAAAAUAACAUUGCAAAAAGUAAAAAAGUAGACGAUGCUUAUUUUUUAAAGCCGGAGGAGAAAGAAGGUUGAGAAACACACAUUGUCUUCCUCAGAAAUGAAGCUACACUCACUUUUCACUCUUCUUCAGUUCCUUUGGAGAAUUCUGGUUUUAUAGAGAACUUUUUUUCUUCAGUCUUUGUUGCCUUAAUUUUGAGGAAACUUCCUUUGUUUUGUUUUCUACGUGUUUGCGCCUGGCAUCAAGAGGAAUUCAACAGGUCCUCCAGGCACUCAGUGAUGCGAGAAGCUGAACAGAGAUUGCUGCAGAGAUUAAAAGAAGUACAUGCUGUAAAGAUUUAUCAGAUCUUCUCAUCAUUGUGUGAUGAGAAUGUUGGUCAUUGUGAUAUUAUGAUGUUGUUGUGAUUUGUAUCUUUAGGAGGAAGAAGACUCACAUUACGGACUGCAGUAUGUCUCUGCGUCAAUGAGAUUUUUUAUUGUUUUUGUUUUUCAUAUUAUGGGGAAAAUGCUGCAUUUGACUUAGUGCAGUUUGCUGCAAAUGUUUAACUUGUUUUAUAUCAUGAUGAUUGAGUCAUUUACAAAACUGUCAUGUUUCAGACGCUUUUUUAAGCUUGCUUGUUAGAAAGAAGAAGAAUUUACAGUACUGUCAAAAAAAUUUGAGAUAAACCUUCAGUUAUUUAAUUUCCAGUCAAAAAAGCCAUCAAGGCUUCUGGGAAAUUUUCCUAAACAUAGGUCUUCUGUUUUUUUUCCUGACGCUGAAAAAUGAAUAACGUACUUAAUGGCUGUUUAACUGGAGGACGAAAUAAAUGUAGGGUGGUCUCUAACUGCUGCACAGUACUGUACAGAUAAAAACUUGACCAAAAUCAACAGAAAAAUCUUGCAACAGCAGACGUAAAUACUGUAGGAGCUUCUGGUUCAAACUAAGCAGCAAAAGCAAUAGAAGAAAUUGUUCGCAAUUUCUGUCAUUUUUUUCCUAGUUGUGAAUCAAAUGCAACCUAAAGAUGGCCAUUUUAUACCAAAGAUGAAGAAACUCUGUUUUUAUCCUGUUUACUUUUGUUGUUGUUGUUGUUGUUGUUGUUGUUGUUCUUGUCGAUGAUGAUGAUGACGAUGUUGAGUAGUCAUUGAUGUUUCUCAAUCUGACUUUGAUUGCCAGAACAGGAUGUAUCUCCACAUUUUUAUCUCAAUUUCUUUCUAUUUGCCUCGAUUUCUUUCUACAUUUAAGCCUCUAGAUGGUUGGACAAUACAUAAAUAUGUUCUCUGAGUGAGUUAUGGUGAGUAAAGAAGGUAAAAAUCCCUGAAAAGAUCCAUCAUGUGCCAGUCUCGGGGUCAAAUCUUGAAUUAUCGGCAGGUCAUGGACAUUAAGUCAUGGACAUUGGCUAAGUAGAUGUACUAGAGUCAAAGGAACUCUUUAGGUAAACAUCAUACAUCUCACCAUGAUGUUAUCUGCAAAGAGUUUCCACAGAAGUUCCUUGCUGGUUCAUCUCUUGUCAAAUUAGUGAGUGUUAAGUGUGCAUGUCACAUGACAAUAAAGAACGAUCAAGCCAGUUCAAGCA